AUGACUGAUAUACAGAUGCUGGGUUUUGUCAUUCCUCGGCGAUUAGAAAUAAAUUCCCAUGCGGGCAAGGAUGAUACCAGCUUUUCGGGCGCUAGAAUCGCGCUCAUAGACGGAGGGAAAUCUCCCAUUCCUGCCAGGGUCGCAAAGGCGGGUUACCAGCCAAACUUUACUGUGUACGGUUCAACUUGUGGGUUAACUCAGGCUAUCUCCAUGAUCCACCGAGCCUCCCCUCCGGAUGCCGCUGAAGCACAUUUGCGGGUCAUUUACAUUUGGCCAAGUCACUCACCGCUGUACCAAUCUGAAUUUACUGAGCUCGAGUAUGUAAUCCUGAAUGCCGCGGAGUUUGCUCACUCGGAUCCACUGGUUUCGAAGUCGUGGUUCCUCACCGCAAACCCGACAUCAAGCGGACAGUCUCGGAUGUCCAAUACGUCAAUAAUCAGGUUCAUAGCAAACCUGAGGGAAGGAAGAGACAAUCGGCAAAGUUCACAUGUAUCGAGAGGUGAUGCUAUUCGCAAGAUUAAGCUCGAUGGUCUACGGGGAAGCCGCGGUGAUUGCUCCGCAUCGCACGCUAUAUAA